AUGUCGUCGCCUGUUCUUGCCACUGCGCGCGGGGCAGAGACAGACAGCGAUGUCAGACCGCGGGUCUGUGAUAACUGCAUCCGCCAGAAAGUCAAGUCCGUCGGCGGCCUGGACCUCUCCCAGGAACCAAGCGUGGAUCUCAGCGCACACCUCUGUCGCAUCGGCCGAAUAGACGUGUUCCCCGCGGUACAAUCGCCGUUGCCCCCCGACCCCCGCCCUCCGAGCCAGACCGCAGAACCGCCCACGCCCUCGACAACGUCUACCCCAGCAACUACAGAGCUACAGACUACCACAGCUACCCGUUCAGAGCCAUUUAACUUUUCACCUGAGGAUGAGACGUCUUUGCUGGAAUGGUACAUCGACACGAUCAACCAUGCUUUCCCCGUCUUCCCCAACGCUCCAUCCGACGAUGCCGGUAUUGCGGUAGUGUUGAGCUGCAGUCGUGAUCUCGUCCAGACAGUUGUCGUAAUCGCGGCCAAGUUGUCCGGCUUCGUCAACACAUCCUUCGAUUCGUCCGAACUCAACGCACACAUUGACCAGAUCCUCAGCUCCGUGUCCCUCCAAGAAGACAUCGCCGGUGACACGCCAACCAUUGACCAGUUCCGAAAGUUUUGCCUGCUUGCCUUUUACGAGUUCCACCAGUUCCCUGGCCAGCAGGCAUGGACGCGCAUCGGCAAGCUGACUCGACUGGCACACUGGACUGGUCUGGAUCAACUGGACAGGCUGCACGAGAAAGUACCGCCAUGGACAGUAAUGAGCAAGGAUAGACUCGAGGAAUGGCGUCUAGUCUGGUGGUGCAUUUACGCCCUCGAUUCCUACGCCAGCGUCUCGACCGGGAUGCCGUACGAAAUCGAUGAGGGGCUUAUCAACACAGCACUUCCACAAGGUCUACCAGCAGACGAGAACCGAGAGUUUUACCUGCCUUAUCGCCACGAAGGCCUCCUUACUCUGGUACAGAAGGUGUUCUCAGACUCCUCGAGGCAAGUUCUGGGGCUCGAAAUCCACAUCAUCAGCAUUACCGUUCUACGUAUCGCCGGACGGGCGCUGCGGCUGCACGUUCUCGGCAGACAGGACGACUGCACCAAAGUCGUCGCCGACACGGAGCGGCGAAUCUCCGAAGUUCGCCUGGCUCUUCCCGGGAACCUCUUCAACCCCAGGCGCAACGCCUUCAUCAACGAGUCGGCCGCGGCCCACCACUUCCGACUCGUCACCGCCAUGCACCUGCACAUGGCGCAGAUGCUCAUGACGCUCAUUAACUGCCGGCGUCUGUCGGAAGAGCAGGCGUGGCUCCUGAAGUGGCAGCAGGUCCUGGAAAUCUGCCAGGACGUGGCCGCCAUCACCAAGCAAUGGAACAGCAGCUUCUUUCUCAGCGUCGACCCGGCGGUGUCCAUCAUCGCCUUCAUCGCGCUCAUCUUCCUGGACUUGCAUCUGAAGUUCACAAGUAACCCAGGGGCUGAGGUUGGCGCUGAUCUUCGCACGGAGAUUGAGCAUUGUGAGACGGUCCUGUUGCUUUUUCUGGAGCAGUUUGCCAAGUCGUGGACCAUGCCGCGCCUCCUCAUCCUAUCUUUCAAAAGCUUCAAGGAAUCUCUAAGCGGCCCUGUCGGGUACCAACAAGUCCGCGCCGUAUUCCUCCAUUUUCAAAGUCCGCUGCACCCCAGGUGGUUGCAGUUCCUGACCUCCAACGCCUUGCACGCCGAACAGUCCCAGUCAUAG